AUGCCUAUUGAUUACUCAAAGUGGGAUAAGAUCGAGCUUUCUGAUGACUCGGACAUUGAAGUCCAUCCCAACGUGGACAAAAAGUCCUUCAUCAAAUGGAAACAAAGAGACAUCCACGAAAAGAGAGCACAACGGAAUAUAGAGAUCAAAGCUGCCCUUAUCCAAUUGACAAUGUAUGCCAAGUUGAAUGAGCGUGUUGAUUAUAUUUUGGAGCAGUUGUCACCUUCCGAGUUGGUGGAUUUGAACAAGGUGAGUCAAGUGCUCGACCAAAAGUUUGACAAGAAGGAGCAGUUUGAUUAUGAACAGUUGAAGAAGUCAAAGGGCAGUGACUUGAAGAAAGGUCUUCGGGAUUUGACCUUUGACGAGGAAGAAAUGAAGUCCAUGCCUCCUUAUAACGAGAUGGUUGAAGAUUUGUUUAUACAAAUCAAGGAAGACCAUCAAGAUGCAGCCAAUGAUGGUGAAAAGUUGUUGACGUAUUUAAAGGAACAUCGGUUGAAGAUUGUAGAUGUCUUAAGCAAGCAAGCCACUCAUUUGGACGAGUUGUUGUAUCAGAAAUCACUUCUUAUCACGUCUGAUGAUGUUCAUACCGGUUGGGAUAAGUCUUUCCUUAAUAAAUAUACCGAAGAAGAAGUGAAAGAGACUCCCAAACAAACGGAAACAGUAACAACUGUGGAAACCAUUAAUUCACCAUCUGCUGUUGAGCCUAAAGAUAUUCUUGAUGAUUUACAAGCUACUCCAGAGACUCUUGAGUUUGGUAAAAUCUCUCUGAAUCAAACUGAAGAGUCCCAAAAGUUUCUCUUACAACACCCAUUCAUUUGUACUGAGAACCAGAAAGAUGCCUUGAUCAUGACAGCUUUCGAUGCCCAAUUGGAAAGUGACUCAAAGAGAGCAAAGAAUAUCAUCCACCAAUCACUUUUAUUACAAUAUGUGGCUACUUUAGCUGGCCCUAAACCGGGGAAGGAACUGAUUCUUCGUGCCAUCAAGCUCUUCUUCUCCAAAGUUGCAGAUGGAGCAGCCAGAGGUCCCUUCUUACAAGAUGUCGAGCAAACCUUUGAACAUAUUAAAACAAGAUGUAAGGUGAUUGAACAAGAACAAGCUGAAAAAACCGGAGGGAACGAGGAAGAACAAAUCAUUCAAUUAAAAGCCUUGGACGACGGAACAGAAUUGUUUGUGAACAUUCCAGAAGAAGGAACGACGGAAUAUUCUGUCUUCAAAGAGAAGUUGACUCCGGACAUGCAAGCAGCCAUUCUCACAGGUAAAAUGGAUCAGGUCAACAAGUUGUUUGCUCUGAUGAGUGUUGAAGACGCCGAGCAUGUUUUGGAGGUCUUCAAUGAAUGCGGAGUCAUUGGUAUUAACGGAGUAAUGGAGAACGAAGCCGAAUUUGAAGAGCUCAAGGAAAAGUAUGAACAUGAGCAUGAGCAUGAGCAUGAGCAUGAACAUGAACAUGAACAUGUUGAACAAGGAGCAGAAUUAUCAACAGUGGAUACUGUGGAUUGA